CAGUGUAAAUCGCGAUAAUAUUGUUUUCGUCACUGGCAAUACCUACGCAUGGUUUACACUUAAAAUGAAAAGCAGCUAGUGAAAGUUGUUAAACAGUUUGGAACGCUUCUCAAAGUUGAUUAGAACGCCAAAAUGAAGGAUAAUAAAAAGCUCGACGAUGGCGCUCAUGAGGCAAUGCUCGGCGCCAACAAGAAGCCAAAAAUCACAAAGACCAAAGAAACCCAGGAGGCGGAGAAAUCUGAAGAGUAUGAGGCUCUGCAGAGCUUCUUGCGCAGCAUCAGCUCGACCGCCACCCUCCCGCCAUACGUUAAGGGGGAAACGUUCUCUUCGUAUCGAGGAGUCUUUAACCAGUGCCUCGUGACGUGCGCCGUUUUAAUUUUGGCCGCGGGGGCGGGACAUCCUAUCGGCUUCUCCGCCGUCGCGCUCCCGCAGCUCAGGAACGAGACUUCCAACAUGAGAAUAGACGAAGAUAUGGGAUCGUGGAUCGCCAGCAUUCAUUCCGCCGCCACGCCCCUUGGUUCGAUGGUCUCCGGUCCCAUAAUGGAGUUCAUCGGCCGGAAGCGCACGCUACAAAGCAGCACGCUGCCCCUCGUCAUAGGGUGGAUCAUCAUAGGCACGUCCAUACACAACGGCAUGCUGCUUUUCGGCAGAGUGCUUUGUGGCUUCGCUGUUGGAGUCAUGGCAGCACCUUCACAGGUUUACUUGGGCGAAAUAGCGGAACCGCGGCUGCGAGGCCUGCUGAUCGGAACACCAUUCGUGGCGUACUCCUUGGGCGUUCUCUAUGUAUAUGCCUUGGGCGGGGUACUACCUUGGCGGUCCGUCGCUCUGCUGUCAAUAGUGCUCCCAGUGUUAGCAGUUGUGGCGCUCUGCUUUUCACCCGAGAGCCCUACGUGGCUGGCCAGGCAGGGCAGAUUCCACGAUGCCAUGGCUGCGAUGGCUCGGCUGCGCGGUGAUCCUGAUAUUGCUCAGCGCGAACUCCACGAGCUGAUAUCAGCUCGGGAGAAGGAAAAAGCGAGGGGAGAGCACAGUAUCCGAUUCUUCGCGACUGUGACGCGCGCACCGGUGCUGAAACCGCUACUGCUGAUCAACUUGUUCAACAUGCUGCAGAUUCUGUCCGGUAGCUAUGUGGUCAUAUUCUACGCGGUGGACAUGGUCAGGGACUCAGGCGGUGCGCUCGAUCCUCAAGUGGCCGCCAACGCGAGCGCCCUGAUCCGCCUCUGCGUCACCGUCGUCGCGUGCGCGCUGCUCAUGCGCCUGACCCGGCGCGUGCUCGUCAUGAUCUCGGGCGUCGGCACCGCCGUCUGCACCCUCUCCCUCACCUACGUCCUGUCCCAGGAAGACGCCGGCUACGCCGCACCCAUCCUCAUAUUAUCCUACGUCGGCUUCAACACCUUAGGCUUUUUCCUCCUCCCUGGCUUAAUGAUAGGCGAACUUCUUCCUACUAAAGUACGUGGCCUAUGCGGCGGCUACGUAUUCUGUCUCUUCAAUGCAGUCCUAUUCGGAUUCACUAAACUUUACCCAGUCAUGAAAGACAAAAUUGGAAUGACGGGUGUUUUCGGACUUUUCGGCGCAUCAUCUUCCCUCGCUACUGUGGCACUAUUCCUUUUACUACCAGAGACGAAGGGCAAGUCCCUGUUGCAAAUUGAACAGUAUUAUCAGAAACCUAACUUAUUGUGGGUGACGAGGAAAAAAGCCACGAAUAACCAAGAGGUUUGAAUUGCAGUAGAAUAAUUGUAGUGUGAAAUGUACUUAAGUGAAACGUUGGACCACUGACAAUGAAAAUAUGUAUAACUUAUUUUUACAAGCAUUUUAAAUAGGCAUACUGGGAGCACGAAUAUUUUUUAUUGACACACAAAUGACACAAACAUAUAUUAUGUAUCGAAGGCACCUAAUAUUUUAUUUAUUUGAUACAUAUUAGUAAGGAACUGAAUAUAUAUUUAAUAAAGUCCUCUACCUUACUAGAAGCUGAUCUCUGAAUGCUGGUUUUAAAAUAUCAUCAUACAAUACGCCGCAUAGUAUGUUUAUACAAUAGUAGAUUAGACAGGUACUUAACUACUUCCUGGUACACUCAGCGUCAAAUACUUUGUAGCAACCAAAGUGGCCAAAUAGUUCGGUACACCAUACUAAAUAUAUCGUGACUACUUUGGUUGCUACAAAGUAUUUGACGCUGUGUGUAUGGGCUACAUGUAGGUACACAUUACUAUCGUGCAUAAUUGUAUAUUUUAUGUACCAGAAAUAUUUUGAUAACCAUAUUGUCAAACACUUGUUAGUUUUAUAUACAAAGUAAGGCAGCCACUUGGUAUCUUAUUCAUAAUACAUCUCUCGGGUCGUAAGGGAGAUACAAUUGCCUUUUACAUUAUAACACGUAGGUAAAUAAAACUCGAAUAAUAAACUAUACGCUGCUUUGUGAUAUAAUGUAGUUAAUUUUAUAGUACCUGGGUUUCAAGUUUUAAGGUAUUGAUAUAUAACUUAUUGCAAUAUUUUCACAAUUAUUCCAUUCUAAACAAUGGGUAACAUUUUAGGUGGACCUAAGCAAUCUUAAUUUGCAUCGGUAAUUAUGUUGUUCAAGCCGUUCAAAGGUAGUUUACCGCAACAACAUAUUUCCAAUAGCUGAAUAAUGUUGAUAACUAUUAAUUCAUCAAGGAAGUACAGGUUGUACGACAUAGUUAUGUACAGUCACCUCCAAUGGUUUCUGACCCUACAUACCCACAUACAAACUUCUACCGGGGAAUCGGAUAUUUUUGUGGCUGACUGUACAUACCAGCAUCGGUUGACGUUUAGCGUUAUUUUUUUUAAUAUUUAAAGCGAGACGCCGAAGGCCGUGUGCAGUGCUGCACUACGUUUCCUCAUUGCGAGAUUUUUUAUCUGUGAUUUAAACUGAAUUGUUGUUUGUUAAACAAUUUAAUAAUAUAGACUGCUAUAAUGUCUCUUAACUGUUUAAUGUUGUAUGUACAUGUAUAUAUUCUAUACUUGUUGAUUGUGAA